AUGGCUCCCUUUUAUUUUUACAAUAACUUCAUGCCCGGUUGCGAGGCGUGCUUUUCGUCUGCUGGCCGCGGAGGCUGCCGAGUUGUCAAGGCCAACGGCGAGGCCACGUUUGUGUGCCAGUCGUGCCGCGACACGAUCGCCAACAUCAUCUUCCUCGUCCCCGACGUCGCGGCCGCAACCGCGCUCGUCAACAACGGUUUCUGCCAGUUCUGCUUCUCCAAGCCCUCUGCCGGAAUCUGCUGCAACGAGUGCGCCGUCAGGACCCCCGACGAGCUCGAGUUCGUCGCCCGCAAGGGAACGAUCCUCGUGCUCCUCGCAAACGCCCUGCAGCAGCCUGGCGCUCGCGAGCAGAUGCUCGAGCCCAUCCUGAACGCUGACAAUGGUGGCGUGAUUCCCGUGGUCGCUAGCCCUGCCGUCGUGGGCGGCGGUGAGCAGCUUCACUUUGACCCAGCCAUGCCCGCUCGCGAGUGGCAGAACAUGCCAGGCGAUGCCGAGUUUGGUCUUUACCCUAACCAGGACUUUCAGUUCGGAAACCAAGCACACGUCCCUGCUGCGAAUGCAGACGUACCUAAGGUAGAGCCUAUGGACUAUGUCAACGGCGUCGGCCAUCCUCACAUACCCAUCCCCGCCCCGCCUGUCAACCAGCCUUUCAACCCGCCUAUUAACCCACCCGCCAACCCGAUUCUUCCUCAGGUCGUUAUGUCCGCAUCAGCUCAAAACGGAGAAGUGAACAGCAGCAGUAAUGCUACACCUACAUCAACUGCUGGUCGCUCCCUCGCGUCUCGCAUACUUGGCGUCCCUGCUGAGAGAGUUGAUUCUCUUGAUCCUCAGCCCGCUCAGCAGCCUCCUGGUCAUGACAGUACUGACGAGGAGCCCAUGAACAACUCCGAGCAAGAUUAA